AUGGCACGGCCCUUAUUAUGAUUUGAUGAAAUAACCCCUCUGCUUCCUUUAAGCCCAUCCCUUUGCUGAAUGUACCCAGUGAUCAUCAUGCCACUUUCGUACCCCAAUGUAGUUCGUAUGCUGGAAGAACCAGGAGUGAUCGCACAUGCACCUCCAAACAUUUUUUCUUGUGAUUUUUAAGGGAGAUUUUAUUUAGAGGCGGUGCUUGUUGGCUCCAGAGAAGCGUCGUAACGGCACUUUUUUUUUCUCCCCCAGUCCCUGUUAAAAGAGUUAGACCGGGGCCAGAGUUGGUGCUGGGGGGUCGCCUAUAGUUUAGUAAUUUCCUGGGGGGUAAUUGCUGCGUUUCUUUUUUUAAUCCUAUCAGAUUUUCUAUUUUAUUUUCUAUUUUAUUUUUCUACUUCUCUGAAAUAUCGCCACUCUCACUGUUGAGAUCUGAUAUCCCUUCGAGAUUUUUCCUUUCUGAUCAUGAACAAACUAUAUGUUGGGAAUUUAAGUCCUUCGGUCACUAUCGAGGACUUGAAGGAGCUCUUUGGGGAGAGAAAGCUGCCAGUAGCCGACCAGGUCCUACUAAAAUCCGGCUAUGCUUUUGUGGACUUCCCCGACCAGAACUCGGCCAUAAAGGCUAUAGAUACUCUUUCUGGUAAAGUUGAAUUACACGGAAAGGUGAUAGAGGUAGACUACUCUGUUCCAAAAAAACUAAGGAGUCGGAAGAUCCAGAUCCGGAACAUUCCCCCUCAUCUACAGUGGGAGGUUUUGGACGGCUUGCUUGCUCAGUAUGGUACUGUAGAAAACGUGGAACAAGUGAACACUGAUACAGAAACAGCAGUGGUGAAUGUUACAUACGCAACUAAGGAGGAAGCUAAAGACGCCAUUGAGAAGUUAACAGGUCACCAGUUCGAGGACUACUCUUUCAAGGUGUCAUAUAUUGUGGACAUGGAUGCUGCUCCUCCCGACCAGGCUCCUCGCACACGGCGCGGGGGUCGGUCGUCCCGGGACCAGGGUGGCUCUCAGCCAGGAGACUAUGGCUCUUCACGCAGCAGAUACGAAUUCCCCCUGCGCAUCCUCGUGCCUACUCAGUUUGUGGGAGCCAUAAUCGGCAAGGAGGGCCUCACCAUCAAGAAUGUCACCAAGCAGACACAGUCCAAGGUCGACAUUCAUCGGAAGGAAAAUGCAGGCGCAGCAGAAAAGCCCAUCACCAUCCACUCAACCCCCGAUGGCUGCUCCUCCGCCUGUCGCAUGAUCCUGGACAUCAUGCAGAAGGAGGCCAACGAGACCAAGACGACAGAGGACAUCCCUCUGAAGAUCCUCGCCCACAACAGCCUCGUGGGCCGGCUGAUUGGGAAGGAGGGCCGCAACCUGAAGAAGAUCGAGGAGGACACAGGAACCAAGAUAACCAUCUCCUCGUUACACGAGUUAACCAUUUACAACCCUGAGAGGACCGUCACGGUGAAGGGCACCUUGGAGGAUUGUUGUAAAGCAGAGGGGGAGAUCAUGAAGAAACUGAGGGAAGCCUACGAGAAUGACAUUGCUGCUAUAAACCAACAGGCCAACCUGAUCCCAGGCUUGAACCUAAACGCUCUGGGCAUCUUCUCCUCUGGUCUGCCGGUGCUGCCCCCUGCUGCUGGACCACGUGGCGCAAUGCCCCCUGUAGGUCCAGCAGGAUACAACCCAUUCUUUAGUCACUCUUCACAUCUCAGUGGCCUUUACAGGGUUCCUCCAGGAAGUGCCAUCUCCCACCAGCACUCACAACAGGCUCCAGAACAGGAGGUUGUCUACCUCUUUAUUCCAACUCAGGCAGUCGGGGCCCUGAUCGGCAAGAAGGGCCAGCACAUCAAACAACUCGCCCACUUCGCUGGAGCUUCCCUCAAGAUUGCUCCAGCUGAGCACCCAGAUAGUAAAGACAGGAUGCUUACCGUUACCGGAAACGCAGAGGCUCAGUUUAAGGCCCAAGGUCGGAUAUUUGGGAAGCUGAAAGAGGAGAACUUCUUCUCCGCGAAGGAGGAGGUCAAACUGGAGACACACAUCAAGGUUCCCUCAAGUGCAGCUGGCAGGGUCAUCGGUAAAGGCGGAAAGACUGUAAACGAACUUCAGAACCUUACGAGUGCUGAGGUCAUCGUACCGCGGGACCAAACUCCGGACGAGAACGACGAGGUCUUUGUGAAAAUCAGCGGGCAUUUCUUUGCCAGCCAGACUGCACAGAGGAAGAUCCGGGAGAUCAUUCAACAGGUCAAACAGCAGGAACAGAAGCACCAACAGGGCACCGGCAUGUCACCGCACCACUCCAAGUGACCAGCGGGGUGGCUCCAGCAGGUGCCAGCCAAUGAAUGUAGCCCUCCCAAACGAACAGAGACCUACCCAGACAAAGGCCAAGGCCGAGGAGGACAUGCAGGGCAGACCAGCAGCACCGGGAUCAAAACCAAAGAACUUCACUAGGGGGGAAACAAGUAAGAGCCAAAGGCUGAGGGGCAUUGUGUGCACUGCCAGCCCUGUGAGAGCAGAUAGAGUGGGAGAAACCGUACUGAUAUUAUAUAAUAAAAAAGACCAAAAAAAAUCUAUAAGAAAGUUGGAAAUGGCAGAGAAUUUGUGAACUGUUGUCUUCACAGUUAAAAAAGUAAACAGGAAAUAGUAUGUCGCCCUGCAUAACGUUAUCUCUUUAGUUGGACUAACAUAGGCCUAACAAACUGAUAAAACAACUGUAUUCAUACGAACGUUUACGAGGCAUUGUGAUUGAUAUUUUGCGUUAGAAGGAGGACGAGUGACAAUAGACUCUCACAAGAGUUUGAGAUAUUCAAAUUGAAAGAUUAAAUAUCCUUAGCAGUAUUAACACAGAGUAGAAAAGUAUGUUGAUACACACUGAGAGUACGUACUGUUGUUUCUCUAUCAAAAUGACAGUACAACUUGUGGUGGAGUUUUUAAUAUUUUUGCUUGUUCCAGAGAUUGAUUGGGCUCUGAUAGCCACAAAAAGCAAUUCCCCUUGUUAGUUCACAUUAUAAGCCACUGAAAUCAAAAAGAAAAACCCCUAUAAGUAAAUAUGGUGAAUGGGUCUUUGUAAGAAGCCUGUGUGUGUGCCAACACAAAAGAUAACGUCCCUUUGAAAUGUCUCUCAGCAUUCAUAUCUGAUGCUACAAUUCUUUUUAAAAUUUUCUUUCUUUCUUUUCUGCUAAUUUCUGCUUCACUUUCUCAUCACUCUCUCUCAUCUGGCAUGUGUUUUUCUUAAUAGGAUACAAAUAUUUGUUGUCAAAAAACACUUCCCCGUAGCCUUUUGAUAACAUUAAACUGACUGCCACUUUCACUCAACAGAGGUUAAAAGCAACAGAGGGAUUUUUUUUUUUUAACCAGUAAACUGGUAUCACUCUCCCAUGCUGUACAGUAGAAUAUAUAAACAUUCAUGCUUGUUGUCUUGAUAUUUAAAAGAAAUCAAAAUUAUGGCAUUCUCCUCGACGAUCAGAGCAAAAAAAAAAAUGGACGUCUGGUGCACCUUUGCUUGGUAACGGACGACCAGUCAUUUGAAUGUGCACCGCCACACGCACGGCCUUAUUAAGGACGUUACGAGGACAUAAAUUGUGAACUGAGGGCCCAGAAGGCGGACGUGGGUUUGAGGGAGGGUGCAGACUUGUGGUGUGUGAAGUGGCAGUGAGGAAAAGGUUUUGGGUUAGAGGGCGGGGGAUGGAUGGGGAGGCACUGUUUGACCUGUGGUACACACACAAGCGUGGCCGCAGCCGCGUUUGGCUUUAAGCCUCUCUUGUCAGGAAGCUUUCUAAAACGGCAUGACAGCUGUGAAUGUACGAUAUGCAGCCUUUUUAGAAAUAUCACCCCUGCCGUGUCCAGCAGGCCGGGCCACAGGCACAGACACACAGAUUGUCAUUCUCACCCUUGCUCUUUUCUUUUAACUUUUCUUUUUUGUUUGCUUUAUUUUGGCGAACUGGCCGACCGCUCUUCGAGUGCGCUGGACACGCAGGUCCUCCUGGUGUCCCUUUGUGAUUUACUUUGGAGACAAUGGAAGCUUGUUGCCUUAUUGUGUCACCUUUUAGACAUCACCCAUCAGCUUCAUCUUCCAGACGCAAGGUUAUCGCCAAUACGCACAGCUUCCUCCUUGUGUGUGCGUGUGUGUGCGUGCGCAUGUGUGUGUAUAUAUAUAUAAAAAGAGAGAGUAAUAUUUAUGAAUCUAUUUUUUUUCCUAUUUUGUGAUGAGAGCUAUUGAUAAGAAACAAAAAAGAAAACAAAGUCCUUUUCUUUUUUUCCUCAGUGGGACACUGCCAUAUUAUUUUGAAGGGAAGUGUUUAUUUUCUUGAAAACUAGACUAUGAAUAAUAAUAUAAAUAAAAAACCUGAAAAAAUAGGAGAACAGUUAUGUGAACCAUCGUUAACUUUGGUCAGGAUGUGAACAGUGCGCAUGUCAGUAUUGUGAUCUACCUCAGGCUUCAGGGUACCUCAGUCCAAUCUUUCAUUUCCCCUUUUUUCACAUUUUGUAUGCCUUGAUCAUUUUGAGCGUUUUUAAUUUUCUUUUUUAAUGAAAAAAAGAACAAGACAAAAUAUCUACAGUAAUCUCUAAGCUCUUCAGGUCCAGUCAACUAGUGAAACUUUGUAAACCGUAGUCAACUCUGUUGGACUGUCUUUGCCUGGACGCCAUACAACCUUCUUAAUGAUACAUGUCAAAAGGAUUUCCAAGUACAUUUUUGUUAGAAAGGAAUGAAGAGCAGGAUCUAAGGGGUACACACCUGCCCGAAGUGGUUCUGAAUGUGGAUGUUGUGUACUGAUUUCACCAUCAAAGACAGAAAGAAAAAGAUACAAAUGAGUUGAUAAAAACAGAAAGUAACCAACUGUACCUCCAGGUUUUUUUUAGACUUUUAAAAAAAAACAAUGAAGUUUAUUCACUUGUGAAAAAAAAAAGAUUUUUUUAACAACCCAAUUCAAUCUUACCAGCUCUAUUUGAUAACAGCAUACUCUGGGGUUGGUUUGAAGAAAACACAAAGCUGCAAAAAUACACUGACGGGACACAUGGUGUAAAAACCCUCUAGUCUUCUGUGUAGAAUGUAGAACAACUCUAGUCGUUGAAAUGUCACUGUGUACGACAAGAUAACUGUAUAUCUGUAAACAUGUACAAUAGAGUCACACAUAAAUGCGUCGUUUUCUGUCUCUCUAUAACACUUAUCAGUCUGCACCUGCGUUGUGAGAGAUGGUGGGAGACGUUUAGAGCGUCACAGCUUCCCUCAAAACUGACCUCUAAAUGGUUUUCUCAUCAAUCUACCAAGUGUUUUGUUGUGCUGUACAUUUCAGAAUUACCUCUCAGAAUCCAAGGCUGACUUUAGUUACUAAAACCGAUGUAGGGCAAAAAUAAUUAAAUAAAUGAAUGAUAUAGUGAAAGUUAGUGUUUGUCUUUGGACUUCUUGUAAUUGUUGAGAGGUGAUUUUGACUUUUUUUCAAGGGCAGACUUUUAUCAUCAGAUGAUCUGGAUCAUUUUUGUCCCAGCGAACACAGAUAGCAGUCCUAAAAUAAAACAUAAAAGGUCUAUUAAAGUCACACAAUGCCUGAGGCUGUUUCAUUGAACCUCCCCACAGCCGGUACAGUACCUCAUACCGAUGAUGAUAGCUCACCAGACCUGAUUCAAAUACCCUGAUCGUACCCACACGAAUGCAGUACGCUGCUUCUACUCCAACGCGUGACUCCUGUGGUGGUCUGCUGCACUGUAGUAGGGCAUGUCGUGCAGAACACAGCUCUUUGCAGUAGCACUGGAGAUCGUGGUUGCUUUGACUUGUCAGGAGUAGCUUUUUAGAGCAGUAUUGAAGUUGAGGUUAUUUUCUUGCAUUGCAGAGGACUCUUCAGAUCUCUCUUGCUUGUGUUUUUGGCUCUUUACAAAGUAAGUGCAGGUUUCCCUCCAGCUGGUUUGGUUUCACUGUGGUGUUGUCAGCACCACGUUCUGGUUGUUGAGACCUCUGUAGGCCGACCGCAAUCUGAGGCGAAACUUGUCAAGAUUUCUUUUGUUUUCUUUUUAAUUUCCAAGGAUUGGUGUUUCUAGGUUUUUGCGGGGUGUUGCUAGAUAUUAAUACUCAGUACCAGAAAACCACACAUACACACUUCACUGAGGGUAUACUGUGUUGUUAGUCAUAUCACAUGGUGGUUGGAUAGUUUAGGCUUUAUUUUUCCUGUUGAUCUGGUUUUUCUCGUCAUUUACACUGAUUUAAUAAUCCAGUCCAGAGCAGUAGCUGGGAUUCUUUGCUUUAAUAGUCAUUCCUGUUAGAUCACUACCAAUAAUACUAGAUGAAAAAUAUCCUAAGUAGAAUUUUUAACAGAUUUAGGAACCAUAAAUAAAUCUGUGACAUGCUAAGAAAGAGUAUCCAAGUCUGAUAAAAAAAAAGAAAAAGAAAAAAAAAGCGGAUCAAAUAUUGUUCUACCUUUGCGACUGAACAGAAAAAUAGGGCAUUCAACAACCAUCCAAAAAUAAUAGAUUAGCUGAGGAAGUAUUUAGUAAAGCUUGGUUGGAUGUAAGCAGAACCACAGCAGUGUUUUUGUCCUGUCUUGUUGUUAAAUGAGAAAACACAAAGCAUUGCAUGAGACUGUUGUAGGCGAUCUAGUAUGUACACUUUAUAUAGCACUAGUGGUGGUUUUACAUGGAUCCAUUUCUUAACUGCAUUUCACCAUUUGGGAGAUUCCUUUUGUUUCCUCAGUAGUUCUCAACCCUCAAGUCCUAUGUUUCCCAUGGCCCAAAAGGUCCCAAACACCUCAAGUAAUCUGUGACUGUGCGCUGGACAGACAUAUGAUCCAUUUUUAAUCCAUCUCGUGGAUCCAUGCCUUUCUGGUAACAGCCAUGCUGUUGUUUUGAGUUGUGAGUGAACUGUAUUGCUGAGCAACCUGGAUCUGAGCAAUAAAGAAUAUUUGAAAAAAGAAA